AAGGGCCGUUCUGAGAGCGCGCCCGCUCUCCCUCGCUUACAAGCUAAAACAACCGGAAACGGAGAGAGAAAAAAAAUUCGAAAGCUAAGACUGAAAUCGAAGCUUGGAACCCUAAAAAAUUGAUGAUCUAACAGUGACAAACUAACAUUUUGCAUUUCUGAACAUUGAAUAUGUUCUCAAUUGCAGCUAUCAAUGAUACUGACCCGAAAGCUAAAUGGGAGCCACUAGCUCCUACCAAAGAAGCUCAGGAAUUUCAUCUGACUCAAACUUAUCAUGAUGGGUUACUCAAGUUACAAUCUAAAGACUACCAAAAGGCUCGCGAGUUAUUAGAAUCAGUACUUAAAGAUCCUCUUUUAGCUAAUGCACAGGUGGAUAGCAGUGUCAGUGAUAGUCAUCUUUUGCAACUAAGUGCAUGGGUGGUGGAUGUUAGUCAUAAAACCACUGUGGGUCUUCGUAAAAAUGGUUGCAUAGCCUCACACAACAAAAGCAAAGGUUGGCAAUCCCCAUCAACAGAUGAAUUUUUGGCACUGAAGAACCUUGCCACUGUAUUUCUUCAGCUAGGUUCUGCACAUUAUGAGAAUGCUCUGCACUGUUAUCUUCAAGCUGUCGAGAUUGAUUCAAAAGAUUCUGUUGUCUGGAACCAGCUGGGAACAUUGUCAUGCUCAAUGAACUUACUGAGUAUUUCCCGUUGGGCAUUUGAGCAAGGCCUCAUGUGUAGCCCCAAUAACUGGAAUUGCAUGGAAAAGCUUUUGGAAGUUCUUAUUGCUAUUGGCGAUGAGGUUGCUUGCUUGUCUGUCACUGAGUUGAUUUUGAGGCACUGGCCAUCACAUUCUCGUGCAUUGCAUGUUAAAAAUACCAUUGAAGAGUCAGAACCAUUGCCAUUUGCUCCCAGAGGCAUAGACAAACUUGAACCAAAACAUGUGCGCCUCAAAUUUCCGGAUAAGAGAAAAGCUAGUAAUGAGAAUGCAGAUGAGGGUGUUGCAUUCAAAAAGCCAAACCAGAACAGAGAACUGCAGCUGACAGAAGCUUCCUGGGUGGCUUUGGCUGAUGCCCUGCUGGAAAUCCUACAAAGUUCUGAUGUAAACCCUGAAAAAUUGUGCAUCUCUCCGGAUGUUAGACUAAGCAUAAGCUUACCUUGUUUGGAAGCUGCUAUGAAUACCGUGGAAGGGGUAGGGCCCUGUGGUGAAAGCAGUGCUUCGCGUGAUGGUAACAUAGAAAGGCCAAGUGCUAAAGGUAAAGAAGCAAAUAUCCAAGAAGAACAACCACAUGAAAGGCGAAGUUCUCGACUAGAAAGGCUGCGUAGUCGUAAACCAGGGAAAGAAGAAUCAGAUUCUUGUGGCAAGGACCGGGCAAAGGUUGUCAUUCAAUACUUAGAGCCAUUCAUUGAUCGUGGAUUGGGUAGUCCAGAUAUUGUUGAUAGUGAUAACUGUGCAUUAUCCUAUUCAGUAAAUUCUGAAAAUAAUAAUGUUUGUGCAUUUCUAUUACAAACUUCAAAAAAUUACGGUGCUUAUCAUAUGGGGCACUUGCUUUUGGAAGAGGUUGCAAGACAAGGCCUCCUAUAUCAAGAUGCUUUUGUCAAAUUUCUUGAGUUAGAAAGGUUGACACGGCAUUGGGGAAUGGAACGAACUGCUGAAUGUAGUCUUUUUCUUGCCGAGUUGUAUCAUGACUUUGGAUUAUGCUCCUCCCCUGGUUCUAAACAAUCAGAAUAUAUGUCAGAGACAUCUUAUCAUCUCUGUAAGAUCAUAGAGUCUGUAGCUCUAGAUUAUCCAUUUCACUUGAAACAUGCCUUGAAUGAAGAUGAAGGUUUGCUUGGUAGUUUCCAAGGGAUGGAUAGAAUAUCAGUUGAUACCUCUAAUGAGAGCAAUUCAGACAGCUCAUUUCUGAUGGAGAAUAGUGCAUUUUGGGUUCGAUUCUUCUGGCUAAGUGGGAGAAUGUCUGUUUUUGAUGGUAACAGGGCAAAAGGUUGUGAAGAAUUUUGUAUUUCUUUGUCACUUUUGGCAAAGCGGGAAACUAUGGAAGAUUCUCCAUGUUCAGUCCGUCGUAUGCAUUGCAAGGCCGUAAAAGAGCUGAACAUUGAUAGAGUUCUUUACGAGAUCAAUAUAUUAAAGGUCAAUUUCUUGAUGGAAAAUUCUGUCAUUGAGUUGAUGGAACAAGAAAAGUAUUUGGAGUGUAUAUCAUUGCUCUCUCCACUUCUAUUCUCCACACAGGAUGUCUACAUUGAUGCAUUUUCUCUUACAGUGCCAGAUAAAAAAGAUGAAAAAAUAACUUCCAUUGAACUAAUGGCUUUAGAUGUUCUAAUAGAAGCAUGUCAGAAGAUAGAGCCAAUGGAUGUAGAAAUGUAUUUCAAUUGCCACUAUAAAAAGCUGAAAAUACUUAUGGCAAUAAUGGGAUUAAAUAAAUGUAUGACAUCAUUUAAAUUUUCUGAUCAAACUAUUGACUUAGUGGUAUCUCCUAAUUUUGAGAUUGAUUCAAAUGAAAGUUCAACCAAGCAUUGUAGUCACUUGGUUGCACAGGAAGUGAAGGCACUCUCUGAUUGUAUUUCUCAAGUGAAGAAAGUUAUUGACCAUCGUGGAGAUUCUGAUGGCCUUACAGUUCCAACAAACAGCAUUUUCCAAAUGCAGUCUCUAUUAUUGUUAAUCAUGAGAUAUGUUGCAAACUUACUUGUCUGUAACAAAGCCUCUGAACCAGUACAUUCUGAUGAAGAAGAAAACAACUAUUUUGUUGAUGCAGCCGUUGUUUUCUGCAAACUCCAGCAUCUCAGCCCAGCUACACCUAUCAAAACUCAAGUUGAUUUAAUUGUUGCAACGCAUGACUUGCUUGCUGAGUAUGGACUGUGCUGUGUCGGUGAAGGUGGAAAAGGUGAAGAAGGAACAUUUCUUAGAUUUGCAAUAAAGCAUCUCUUGUCCUUGGAUAUGAAGCUUAAGUCCAGCUUUAACUAUCUAAAUAAAGAAUCCGUGCAAUGUGAAGAGGUAUCCAGGAAUAGUCUUGUAAAUUCAUCUGCAGAAGAUUCAAAGUCAGAUAUAUUAGAUGUCCAGAUGGAUUGGACAAAAAUAGGAGAACUAAAUUCUGGGAAGGAGGUUUCUGAAGGAACAAUAUCAGAAAGGAUUGCAUCUUGCCGAGUUCAAGAAAAAGACAGUAAGGAAAUGGUGUGUGAAGAUCAUGGAGGGGCUGGGACUGACAGCAGUUUCAGUAAGGUUGAAAAUCCAAGCAAUCUAUUGAUUGAUGGGAAUGAACUUUCAGAAGAUGAAAUGGAGGAACUUGAGUCAAAAAUUGACAGUGCCUUAGAUCAAUGCUUUUUCUGUUUAUAUGGAUUGAAUCUAAGAUCUGAUUCAUCAUAUGAUGAUGAUAUAGUGAUGCACAAAAAUACAAGCCGGGGAGAUUAUCAGACCAAAGAACAAUGUGCUGAUGUUUUCAAGUAUGUACUUCCCUAUGCAAAGGCAUCUUCUAGGACUGGAUUGGUCAAACUACGUAGAGUUUUAAGAGCCAUCAGGAAGCACUUUAUGCUGCCACCAGAGGACCUGUUGUUAGGAAACCUGAUAGAUAAGUUCUUAGAUGAUCCGAAUGUUUGUGAAGAUAAACUCUCAGGUGAUGCUGGAUCUGAUGGAUUUCUUGAAGCUAUAACAAGGAUUAUGUUUCCUGAUAAGGGAGGACUUGUACAGUACAACACAACAUUAUUGAAGAGGUCUGAGCCAUAUUUGGAGGUCUACUGUAACUUAUAUUAUUUCUUAGCUCUAUCUGAGGAAAUGAGUGCUACAGAUAAAUGGCCUGGAUUUGUUCUCACCAAGGAAGGAGAAGAGUUUGUUGAACAAAAUGCAAAGCUCUUUAAAUAUGAUCUCAUGUUCAAUCCUCUACGUUUUGAAAGCUGGCAGCGACUUGGGAAUAUUUACGAUGAGGAAGUAGAUUUGUUGCUAAAUGAUGGCAGCAAGCAUGUAAAUGUUGUGGCAUGGCGGAAGAAUCCUACUUUAUCCAGUAGAGUGGAAACAAGCCGAAGGAGGAGUAGACGGUGCCUGCUAAUGAGUUUAGCUUUGGCUAAGACCUCUGCGCAACAGUGUGAGAUACAUGAGUUACUGGCACUGGUAUACUAUGACAGCCUUCAGAAUGUAGUGCCAUUUUAUGAUCAGAGAUCUGUUUUGCCCUUAAAGGAUGCAGCAUGGAAGAUCUUUUGCAAGAAUUCAAUGAGACAUUUCAAGAAAGCAUUCAUGCUGAAGCAAGAUUGGUUGCAUGCAUUUUACUUGGGUAAACUCAGCGAAAAGCUUGGAUAUUCACAUGAAACUGCAUUAACGUAUUAUAGCAAAGCCAUUGCUUUGAACACAUCAGCUGUUGAUCCUGUGUAUAGGAUGCAUGCCUCACGUUUGAAGCUGCUGAUGAAGUGUGGAAAACAUAAUUUGGAGAUUUUUAAGGUUCUUUCAUCACACUCGUUUGAUCAAUCUGUAAAAGAUGCUGUCAUGAGUAUCCUUUGUGAUGUGGAUAGCUCAUUAUCAAAUGAAAAGGAGAGAAGCAUUAAGGCCAAUUCUCUAGAAAUUAACAAUGAAGGGUUGCUCAAAUUGGAGACUGCAUGGUCUUUGCUUUAUAGUGAUUGCCUUUCGGCCCUCGAAACCUGUGUGGAGGGAGAUCUCAAACAUUUUCAUAAGGCCAGAUACAUAUUAGCUCAGGGGCUUUAUAAAAGAGGUGAGAGCGGUGAUACAGAGAGAGCAAAGGAUCAGCUUUCUUUCUGCUUCAAAUCUUCACGCUCAUCCUUUACAAUAAAUAUGUGGGAAAUUGAUAGCACGGUUAAAAAAGGAAGGCGCAAGGCACCAGGAUCAGCUGGGAACAAAAAAUCCCUUGAGGUUAACUUGCCAGAAAGUUCGCGAAAAUUCAUUACUUGCAUUCGAAAGUAUGUGCUGUUUUAUCUCAAACUAUUGGAAGAGACUGGAGAUAGAUGUACUCUUGAACGUGCAUAUGUUUUUCUUCGAGGAGAUAAGCGGUUUUCACUAUGCAUUGAAGAUAUUGUACCAGUGGCCAUUGGAAGAUAUUUGAAAGCCCUGGUUUCAGCUAUGGGCCAUUCUCAGACUUUAAGCUCUGGUCCAGUAUGUUCUGACAAUGUGCUAGAAAAAAUGUUUGCUUUGUUCAUGGAGCAAGGGAGCUUAUGGCCAGAAAUAUGCAGCUUGCCUGAAAUUGAGAGCCCAGAUACAUCAGAGAGUAUCAUAUACGGAUAUCUGCAUGAACACAUUGUAUCAUUGGAGAAAAAUGGAAAACUGGAAACCCUUGAAGCAAUAAAUGAGAAGAUUAGGAAACGAUUUAAGAAUCCUAAGUUCUCAAAUAGUAGUUGUGCAAAAGUAUGCAGGCAUUCUUCUGUUGCUUGGUGUCGAACUCUUAUAUAUAAUUUGGCACAAAUUACUCCAAUAUCAUGUGAAUUCCCGAAUAGAAUUCAAGUUCAGAAUUCAACAGAUGGUGGGAUGGAUAAUGGCCAACUGCUCUGUAUUGACUUGCAACCGCACGAAUUAUGGAGUACAACUUUUGAAGAUCCAACUCAUUUGGAAAAAAUUGAAACAAAAUGGAUCGCGAUUUUAUCAAAAAUAAAGAAUAUAGUGAUCAACAAAGUUUCCGAUGAAAAUUUGGAAACUGCAAACACUUUGCUCCGGGCUUGCUACAAUUUUUACCGGGAGAGUUCUUCUGUGGUGCUUUCCUCUGGGCUCAACUCUUAUUUGAUCCCAUACCAAUUAGCAGCAGAGACCCCAUUAAACCCUAAUAUGAGUGGGAUUGAAGCACUUGAUCUGAGCAUCCCUAGGAAGCUUCUUUUGUGGGCAUAUGCUCUACUGCACGGACGAUAUGCAAAUAUCUCCUUUGUUGUAAAGCAUUGUGAAGAAUUCACAAAGUCAAAGAUGAAAAGAGGAAGUGGAACUUCACCCGGAAUUUCAAACUCACCUGCUGCCUCGACUCUUCCAGGUAGCAGCAGAAGUGUACAAAAUUCUGCAGGAUGUAGUGAUGUUGAUUCUACCCAAGUCACAGCAGUCGGGUCUGGUUCUUUGCCUGGCAGCAAUACAACGAACUUCGUGAGUUCCGAUGAGAUUCAAAAGAAUCUCUUUGCUUUUCCAUCCCACCUGCAUCAAAAUACCACUAAUGAUGCAGAAAGAACCAAUUUGACAGCUCGAGAAGGAGAUGCAGAUGGAAAUUGAUUUUGUACAAAAUUACGAGGCACAUCUCAUAAUAGCCGCCUGACUUCUGCGCUCUGCCAAUAGGGCUUGAAGAUGUAGAUACUAGAUAGUAGUUGUAAAUCUUGGUGUGUUAUAUAAAAGAUUCAGCAAAAUGUAAAUAGGAUUCUAGUUGAGAUGUUAAAACUGCGCAAUAUGCAACGAAUAGCUCUGAUUUCUCCCUUCUUUUAUUCAUUUAUUUAUUUUUGAAUUA